AUGACGCGUGGAGAGCGCCGCGCGCGCGGCAACGCUGGGACAACGGCCGGACGACGCGCGCGCGGUGCUCGAGCGCUGUGCGCGAUCGCGCUCGCGCGCGCGCUCGUGGGUGACGUUUCGCGCUACUUUGUGCUCGCGCAGACGGUCAGCACGGGAGCGCCGCUGGUCGGGGCGACGAACGGCGCCGCGCAGGCGGUGCUGGACUUCGCGAGCGCGCCGGGCGGACGGUGCUCGCCGAACGACGACUCGAACACGAUGGCGUGCGAAAAGCUCGAACCGCCGUCGACGAAGAAUUACGCGUCGUUUGACUUUUAUGUGAACGACGUCAACGGCGCGCGGUGCGAUAAGUGUGGGAGGGAGUGUAGUUUGGACGGCGCCGCGUGGGCGUAUUGCGGCGCGACGCCGGUGUGGUACUUUGGGUUGUCGUACGGGCAACACCAGUUCAAGGUGCGAGGACUCGGUGGAGAUAACGUCGCGGGGACGGCCGUGGUGUAUGACUGGAUGAAUGAAGAACCGUUGAAGGUGGAGUGGGAUUCGGGAUAUUCCACGCCUUCGUCGUACUUGAAUUCAAACGCUGUGUUGACGUUUCAUUUGGCGUCGUCGCGGCCGAGCUCAAAUUACGUGCAGUUUGAAUACAGUACGACGAAUGAUUACAUCAAGACGUUCACGCGAUUAUCGAUUGGGGUGACAUCGGUGAGCGUGACACCGAGUUAUGGGUCGAAUAGGUUUACAUUCAGGGCGAUAUCCAUAGAGUCGUUCACGGGGAAAUCGCUCACCGAGUCUUCGGUGAACGAGAUUGAGCUUUUGUACGUCGCCGAUAACGUCAACCCCUCGUUGGCCUUCGUGAGUGGACUCGCAAACGGAGGAACGACGCAGAAAGGAUCGAUGGAGUACGUAAUUAGCGCUUUAGACGUGGACCCAACGAAUGGAUACGAAUCUGGAUUGGCAACGCUCGACGUGCAGCUCUUUCGGCUGGAUAACGGGGCAACGUCGCCGUCGCCGUUGCGCGCAUGGACGACGUAUCACACAUUUAGUGGCGCUCCUGUGGACAAAAACGUAACGGUGACUUUAACAAACAUCGCGUCGCUGGCGGACACGACGUAUAAAUUAGAGAUUAGAGCUACAGAUCUUGCAGGAAACGUCGCAACAACGAUUGGUAGGACUUUCGUCGUGCAGUUGUCAAGCUUGGUGAACGUUCCCGAUUCGUCUGGUCUGAGUGCGUCGACCACAGAGCGGCUACAGACGACGUCUGGGGCGAUUAAACUAGCUUCACAGCCAUCAGAUGGAUCUCUCGUACCCGUUGCGUACGAGGUGAGCGCAAUCGUCGGCGGCACUCUUGUGCUUGAAUCAGCGACGAGCGUGGCUUUGGCCAACAACACGCUUGUCACGGCAUCAGAUGCGCUCAAUGGUUUCAGGUUCACGCCUACGGCUGGAUUUUAUACGAACGAUCAGUACGCGAGUACGUUUGGUUUUGAUUUGAAGCCUUCCACGAGCACGUCAGACUUGUCUCAAGUCGUCAAUUUACCUGCGCAUUCCACCAUCACCGUCACAGCGACGAAUGAUCCACCCGUAGUGAGUGUCACAGCGCACUACAAGUUGACCCCAAUACACGUGUCGGACGGUGCGAACAUUGGAACCGUGGUACGUGAUAUUUUAGAUGCUAACGUCAUCGAUUAUGAUUACCUCUCGUCGAACAACACUGUUCCUUACGGCUUCGCCGUUGUGGGCGCCGACGAGACGCGAGGCGCGUGGCAGUUUUCAACGAAUGGUGGUUCUUCAUGGACAAAUUUCAACACUGCUGGUGCGUUGAGUACGACGAAUGCAUUAAUGCUCACGGCGACGACAAACGACCGAGUGCGAUUUGUACCCACGGCAACGACUCUCCAGGAUCAGUUCAUCGCUUCCUUUGCGUUUAAAGGUUGGGAUGGCACGACGAGCGAAGCGACAGGAGCCACUGGCAUUGACAUCACAACGAGUGGACAUACGGCAACGACUGGAUCGAUUAGCGUUUCAACCGUCACUGCCACCAUUCUUGUGCGUGGUCUUUCUCAUAGUUUAUUCGAGCAAGCUGCACAAACGACAACAGCGAGCUCACGACAAGCGUACAGCGCAGCACUUUACAGUUGCCCGCCGACGCACCGGCGAAGUAUUCGUAUCCCCGUCGCUGCAACGUCGAGCACGUCCUCUUCUUGUGCGGGCACCACGUCAACCGCUCAGCCUAAGAUAAAGGCUUCGUCAGCUCUUACGGUCUCACCUCCUUGGACGAUCGAGGCUUGGGUGCGUCGCGAUGCUUGGCUCAGCGAACAGACGUUAUUUCAGAAUCCAAGCGAUUUGAGUGCAGUCAUGCUCGAAAUGAGCGACGCAAGCGGGAAGGUUGGUGUCGUGCCGCCGUCGGGUGUGAGCGGUGGUACAUUUAACUAUGCAGCUCCACUGGGGACUUGGGUGCACUUGGCCUUCGUCAUGUACGAGAACAAUCAUCCUUCCGCUUACAGCGCGCCUGGGGCGAAUUUGCGCCUCAUCGUAAACGGCGUCUUUCACAGCGAAAUCACAAACGUCGGUUUCGCCAUGCCACAUGGCAUCAUCGGUGGUUCUGGUCUCGCUGGAUUCUCGAUCGAUGAGGUGCGAUUUUGGUCCAUCGCCCGAUCGACGGAAGAUAUUUACACCAACAUGAAUCGUUUUGUCGCGGGCACGGAGACUGGGCUCGUAUCGUACGUUCCCUUUGACGCGGGAUGCGGUAGCACCGUGGUCGACAGAGACAGCGGAAGCUCGACCACUUGGACGCUCGUAUCUCACGAGUGGAUUGAUGCGCGCAUAUUUUCCUGCGCUUCGUUGACCUCCGUAUCGCCUGCAAGCGUGAAUUUGUACAACACUUCAAAUUUGCAGCUCACUGGCGAGCGCUUUACUCGUCCGGCUUUGGGUUGGGGAUCGAGCUCUGUCGCAUCAUUUGACGGCACCAACGCGGUUUGUAUUUUCGGUUCAUCGACUAUUGGAAAUAUGACUACAGUGGCCACAGUUGUAAACGACGGUUUGGUACAGUGUGCGCCUCCGGACUCGACGAAUGGCAUCGCUGUGGUAACGCCAGUGUUUUGCGACUAUUCUCUUGGUUGUUGCACGAGUGAGACCCCUAUUGAUUAUUAUCUCGCAGCGAGUCGACCUUACGACUCGAAUUACGUUUCUUACGGUGUGAACACACCACCGAUGUAUGAUCAACCGGCGCUCAGGUACAGUGUUGGAGAAAUCACAUCAGUGAUGCCUUCGACGAUAGACUGGGCUCUCGGCGCCGUUGUGACUCUGGCUGGUUAUGGAUUUUCGACGCCGAUGGAUACGAAUUUUGGUGCUCAACCCCCAAAGUGCGUGUUUCGAGCUCGACUUCCGUCGAAGACUGCUUGGGCUACCUUUCACGUUACAGAUGCGGCCGUGCUGUCGGAUAGUGUGGCCAAGUGUGAGUAUCCUGGUUCUGCUGUGACUGCUUCGCUUGAAGCGCGAUAUAGCGUCGAGGUAGCGUUGGCAUACUUCUACGACCACGUGGAUUCGAUCCAUCUCAUAUCAAACGGAUGGAUCACAGUAGUAGUUUCAAGUUAUACUUUGUACACCGGACUCGACGAGCCGCUCACGGAGAUUUCGGACUUAGGAGGCAGUGUGGUUUCGAUCACCGCGAUAUACACCAAAUCUGACACGGCGGGGGAAUUUGCAGAUCACACCUCUGGACGGGUAUCGUCUCUGGACGUGGCGUGUGCUUUCGGUACAGUGCACCCCGUUUCAGCUCGUCACAACGCAUCUGAGACCUUUGAGUGCGUCGCUCCAGCGGCACCGAGGGCUGUGCCCACAGAUGUCCCGCUUUCAGUGACUUUGUUUGCGUCGUCGAUGUUCACUUCGUAUUCGCGUCUCGAGCUUCUCACUCAGACCGGAGACAUUUCUUACGUCGCGCAACCGGUGGUUUCAGCAAUAUGGCCUCUGAAAAUCUUUUCAGUGGCGACGAAUGCGCCUAAUUUUCAGGUCAUUGGGUCCAACUUCCCGAGUUCGAGCACGACGUGUCAGCUCAACAACAAGUAUUACUCGGCGACGUGGUCGAGUGCGAGUCGAGUGCAAUGCAACACCGUCACGAGCGGUGGAGCAUCACCUGGUUUCCAAGCAGUUUACGUGGGUAACAAUUUACUCAAGAUGGACGAAGCUUUCUCUCCAGGUGACGCUCACGUGAUGAUACGAGAUGAUGUUUACGUGGGCGCCGUCGUAUCCGGCGGAGCGGCAGGACCUCUGUACGGAGGGUGGGCGCUCACCGUCUCGGGAUCCGGAUUCCUUCCUGGGGACGGGUGUUCGUUACACGCCUAUCCAGGAGAGCUCAAUGGAAGUGGUGAUGAUCCCACAGCUGGAGAGUUUGUAAGCAGCGCUUUGAUGAGGUGUCUCGCUCCGAAAGUGGAAGAAAAUUCGGUGAAUUGGGAUUUAACGUCAGACGGCGGCGGUUGGGCGACGCACCUGGUCGCGCGUCUCGCCAUUCAGACGUUUUCUGAUGCACUCGAUAAUAAUGCAGUGGUCAUGAAAGUAGUAGACGGUAUCAACAACGUUAGUGCGGUGGCAAAUUUGUAUGCUACCAUGACGUCUGCUGAGCUCAUAUCUACCGAUCCCGUGUACUUGAAUGUCGAUGGCGGCACCUCCGUCGCCAUCAUUGCAAAGAAUGGAACUGCUUCUCUUUUGAGUACUUCGUGUCGAUUUGGGACUAUCCAAGUCUUGGCAGAUUGGGGUUGGUCGAACACUUCUUCGACGACGCGAAUGCGAUGCGUUUCACCCUCUUUCGGCGCGUACAGCACAAACGGAAUUCGACUAUCAGUGUCUCAGGGCGACCCUGGACAUCACGGUGAAACAGUCGUUUCGGCCGCCUUGACAAUGAUGAGGCCGUUAGAUGAUCUAACUUCAACGCUCAACAAUGGUUUGAACAUCGUUGGGCCAUUCUCGUCGGUGCCAAGCGCACAGUUGGCGUUGUACGAGUGCUACAUAAAGGGCGACCGGAACUUCGUGACGGGGUCGUUCGAGUUGGCAUCCUCACAGAACGAGGGCAGUUGUUCCCUGAGACAGGCUUCCAUGAAUCUCGUAUCACGUUCAGAUUUCGCGUUUUACACUACCGCGAUUGCGAUAAGGGGUGGUGAAGAUGUUGCGUUACCCAUCACGCUUCAAUACAUCGCGCCGCCGAUUGUGUCGUCCGUCACGGUGAGCGCCCGCCCGCCGCCUUACGGUUAUCGACCGGCGUUUGCUACCAGUAAUUGCACGACACUCGAAGAUGCACCAUUGCUGACGUACGAUAACGCUCACGGUGUGUACGAAGGUCGACCCCAGACACCGUACGAAGUGGAAAAAUUUGCCUUGUCCUCUCUGCCAAUUUUCGGCGGCGCUUGGUGGCACGUCUCGAACGCCAUCGGCACGCCCGUGAAUGUUUACGGUCGAUUCUUUCGAUCGCCACAAGACGGAGGAGACAUUCGUAUCUUAUUUCAGCACGCCGGUGAGAUCGCUUCGACCUCUGCGCACUUCGUUUCGUCAGCACUCGUGCGCGUAGAGGUGCCCAUCGACGUCGACGCCGAGCACGAAACCGAGGUUCGCGCCUCCGUGGACGACGGCGCAUCUUGGUCCAGCGAGCGCUUCACGUUCAUGAUUCCAGAAUUAGAUUACGUCAACCGUGACUUGCAAACGGUCGAGCAAGGAUGUGCGGCGUAA